AUGUCCGUUACACCCGUGGUGAAACCUCCGUCUGGCGUCACUGUUUUCCUAGAGGGCCCAUAUUGGGAGGUGUCCACACAGUCGCUACUCUACGUGGACAUGACCGGCAAAACGGUUCACCGCUGGAAUGCGGCCACUAAUACGGACGAAGUGAUAAAUCUGGACAUCGAUGAGAAAACUCGCCCAAGUCUUAUUGUUCCUCGACAAAGUGGCGGUUACAUUGUCACUCAUGGCAGGACGGUCAGUCAUCUGGAUUGGUCAAGCCGUAACCUAACAGCUCUUGCGAACAUCGAUGGAGUGGAGUCUGAUGUUAAAGUGCUUUUUAAUGACGGGAAAUGUGAUAGUAAAGGGCGUCUCUGGGCAGGUACCUUUCCCGCCGAUGUCAAAGACAUAUCAAAUCUUCCGCCCAAUCAAGGCUUCCUCGUCAGUAUUGCUGAAGCAAAUGUCCAGAAACAGGCAGAUAAAAUUACCUUAUCUAAUGGCAUGGCUUGGUCUGCAGAUGAAAAGACACUGUAUUUCGUCGACUCCAUACCGAGGGAGAUACUAGCUUUUGAUUUCGACGUAAACACUGGACAAUUAUCCAAUCGUCGUGUAGCCGUGGCGUUCCCUCCGGAUAGCAAAGAAACUCUCGGGAUGCCGGACGGUUUAACUAUCGACACAGACGGCAAUCUGUGGGUCGCUUGUAUUCUAGUAGGGAAGGUGGCUUGUUUUGAUCCGCAGUCAGGAAAGCUAUUGAGGACGAUUCAGUUCCCUGUCAAGGGUACGACUUCAUGUUGUUUUGGCGGAGAAAAUAUGGACGAGUUAUAUGUAACGAGCGGAAAUUCAGCAGUAAUAAACGACAAGGCCGAUGGAGAAGUUCCACCAGGAUCCGUCUUCAGAGUCACCGGCCUGGGAGUGAAAGGAUGUCCAGACCAUGUGUAUCAAAAUUAG